AGUAAUGGCGAGGAGUAGUGAGAAGAGGUCAAGAACGGAAGCUGUUGCGUGCGUCCUACGAAGGUGUCCUGUGUGCGUGUCAGUGUGCCCUGUGUGUCCGUGUUGAAGGAGCAACUAGUAGAACGGAACCGGAAGCAAAAAGGAAGGAAGGCGAGCAAAGAGCGCAAGCGGCAAGCCGGAAGUGGAGGGAAUGAGAAUGUGAUAAGUACUGUGACAGGUACACCGUUUUUUCAUCUGGGUUAUUUAAUUCUUUUUUAUAAAAAAAAAAUCUAAAACAAAAACAAAACAAAACCGGAACCUUUACGGAUCGCACACGCCAGGUGGAGUGGGCCCCAUUGGUAGUGACUGUGAAGAACUCUUAGAACUUUGCUUGUGACACACAUCGCGGGGCCGCCCAGACGAUGAGGACGACGUCCUUUCGAAUACGUUUCCGUUACGUUUUCCGGAUUCGAAGAGGAACGCGCAAUCCGAGGCCACAGGACACGUGAAAUGGGGCAGAGAGUAAGUGUGGUUCAUGUUUUAGGAAGAGACACAUGUCAUAAGUAGAGGGCUGGAAAACUGGAUAGGAGAAGAGACGGAGAGCGAGAGAGAGAGAGAGAGAGGGAAAGGUGGGAUGAGGAGGAGGAGGAGGAAAGGAAAUGUAAUCAUCACUCACUCGGACACACUCUCUGACGACUCUGGACUCUUCUCUCUGAGACAAAAAAGACUUGUAAACUUAAAUUAAUGAAGCAAAUGGAAGGGAAGGAUAAAAACGCGUAAAUACUUAGGUGUACAGAAAACUUUGUUUAUAUAAUUGUAGCAAGAGGAAGUGGAAGGGGAAAAGGAGAGAGAAGAGAGUGGGAGAAAGAUAAAUUAUAUCUAUAUACACGAAAGACAUACACACGUAAAAACACAUUGAGAAAAGAGAUACGCUGACACAGCAAGUUAAUACGAAAGCGAGGCGUCAGUAAGUCAGUGAAAAGGGAGUUUGUUAUGAAGGAGGAGGAGAAAAGCUGAACCUGGUAAUGGGAAGGGAAAGGGAAGUAAAGCCUGCCAACAUCCCGCGUACGACACAAGCUGCAUGUAUAACCGGAAUGAUAUAACUGAAAUAGAACACAUUAAGAAUGAGCCGGUGUUGCCGUUUCUGACACUGAAUCAUUAAACCGAAACCCAGUUCGAAAACGAAGAAGUGUAUUAUGAAGCGUAAAAUACAGAGACAGAAUACAAGGCCAACCCAGUCAAACAUCUUGCCCAAUAGACUAGUUUUAUAUACAGUGCAAUCGGAAACAAGAAAACGAAAAUAAAAGAACAAACAACCGGCAACACAGAGCGACAGAGAGAAAGAAUUAAACAAAACAAACAAACAAAAACACAAGAAAACAAAAGAAAGAGACCCGUUCCCGUUGGCCGCCUCUCCACAUUAUAAUGCAAAAAGCGAAUCCAAAACUAAAACAGCCACUCGCCCCCCGAAAUAAAAGAACCCUUGUAUAGCGUUGGUUUAAUUGAAUGGUACAUUAACAGCAACAAAGAAAAGAGAAGGAGAAGGAGGUCUCCGCCACUCGCACCACUCUCCGCCGUGGAGGAGCACUAGCACACCCAAUCAACCGAAGCAAACCAUAAGCAUAAAAAAGCGACGAAAAAAAUCCGUGUAGCGAUGGAAAAAAAGGGGUGGGAAAAGGGAGAAAAUACAGCAAACCAAAGACUUUAACAUGAAUAAUGAAACAAAACAAUAGAACACAAAGGGCUGGCAGAGUAGAGGGGUGCUGGUGGGGGUGAUGGUUAUUGGUCCAGCGGUCCGCGAGGCAAACUAUAAGUGGGAAGCGAAGCUCAAGUCAAAAGGCGGAAAAAGGAGGCUUCCGGAACCGGUGCUACACAGUUUUCACAGCGUGGCCAAAAAUAGCGAACGAAGAAGAGGACGAGGAAAAUGGAGGGAUAACAACUCUUUCAGCGCUCGCGGUCGCGUCCCCCAAAAAAAAACUAGGGAACGUUUCCCGAGGGGAGGAAGGUUCACGGGGCGGUGGAGGCAAAAUAACAUCCCGGAAAAACGAAACAAUUGAUUGGUCGUGCGGAAAAAUGGUAGCAGGUUGCGAGGGUGUUGGCGGUGAGGUCGCGAAAAGGACCUCUUCUCUUACUAUACAUACCUUUAGUGAAAAAGGAGACCCCCUUUGCGGGGGAUGAAUAGGAAAAUGGAAAACAAGAAACGAGAAAAUGAAACAAAAAAAAACGAAGAACAAAACAGCUGAAAAGAGAAACUCCUAAGAAACUCCUCGGGGGUGAAAAAACGCGGACCCGGUCCGGGGCCUGUGUCCCGUGGCCUGCGUGUUAAGCGUCCCCGGUAUUGGGCCCACCGGGAAAAUGGGUCCUACUGAAUUUUGUGUAUAGUUAAAACCAAAUGAGAGAGAGCGAACGAAGAGAGAGAGCGCGUGCGUAACCGGGGAGGAGGUCGUGGUAGAUCUCGAUGAAAAUGAACGAAGAAAAUUAUGAUGAAAAAAAAAGAACUGGGACGAAAAAUCCACGAAAAUCGUCCGAUGAGAUGAUGAAUUCGAAUUCGUUUAGGUGGGGAGGUGGGAUAAGGGUUAUAAAAAGAAGGGAGGAUUGGUGAAAAAGGGAGGAGAGGAAAAAAAGGGCGAAAAAUAAAGACAUGAGUAAGUGAAAAUCGAAUA